AAAACGUGGAGCAGAUUCAUAGACCAGCUGCAUUUCCUUUAACAUCCUGUGGGUCAGCGUGUGGCUUUUACGAAGCGCUUCCGGCUGUCCGAGGUAGCGUUCCGUCUGCGCUGGCUACAAGGCAGCUUCUCUCAGGUUCUGAUGAGAGCUAUGAUUUAUCAAGGCGUAUACAGAAGAAUUUCCUCUCUGUGGUGCAGGUUACACUCUACCUAUGUUAGAAAAAUGCGAUACUUGUUUGAGCUAAAGGAAGAUGAUGGCAUUUGUAGGAAAGCCCAGAACUCAGGAACAUUCUACCUUUUUCACAAUCUCUCUCCAUUCCUUAAGAAAGUUGGGAGCAAGUACUUGGCACCACAGAUAAGUGUAGCAGAAAUGAAAAGCAUGCUGGGGAAGUUCAAACAGAGUGAACAGAUGAUAGAAGACUCAGUGCUGAUUGGCUGUUCAGAGGAAUGCAUGGCAUACUUUGCCCUGGAUCUAGGAUCCUUGGAGAAAUCUGUCAUUGAAUCUGAAUUGAAGGGGUCAUUUACUGAGUUACGGAAGGCUUUCUUUCAACUAGAUGGGAAAGAAGCACCCUUGUUGUCCUCGGCUCAGGCCCUUCUUCGUUGGCAUGACACCCAUCAGUACUGUAGCAAAAGUGGGCAGCCUACCCAGAAGAACCUAGCUGGCAGCAAGCGUGUUUGCCAUACCAAUGGAAUAACUUAUUACCCACAGAUGUCCCCAGUGGUUAUCACUUUGGUGUCUGAUGGGAGCCGGUGCCUUCUUGCCCGACAGGCGUCAUUCCCAAAGGGGAUGUACAGUGCUCUGGCAGGCUUCUGUGAUGUGGGUGAGACUCUGGAGGAGACAGUCCGACGGGAGGUGGCAGAAGAGGUGGGAUUGGAGGUGGAGUCUCUGUGGUAUUCUGCUUCUCAGCACUGGCCCUUUCCCAACAGCUCCCUAAUGAUAGCUUGUCAUGCCAUGGUGCAGCCACAACAGACCAAGAUCAGUGUGAACAAACUGGAGUUGGAAGCAGCCGGCUGGUUCAGCCUGGAGGAGAUAAUGGAAGCAUUUGGACGGGAGUCUAAGCCUUUGAAACAGGAGGAUGGCAGCUUUUCACUUUAUCUGCCACCCAAGUGGGCCAUAGCCCACCAACUGAUUCAGGAGUGGCUUAAGCUGCAGGCUUCCACGCCUGCUUAGGCACAGUCUAUCAAACCUUAUUUUAGCAGAAAAAACAAGUGAGGACAAGUUCUCACAGUGGUGACCCAGCCAGAAUGGCUCAUAAACCAUCUUAUAUUCAGGUAGACCUAGGGGCACAGAUGCAUAUUUGGAUAAGCCCCAGCAACUCUGACACACAAAGAGUCAUCAAUUAGACACAAUACCAUAAGUUCCAGUAAAUCUAAAAAAAACCCAAAAGCCCAAACCAGCGUGUCAUCAAACCAGCUACAAGCCUGCAUGAUAGACAUCAGAACGGUCAAGACCUACCACAUGUUUUUCCUAGAGCCCUCUUGGAAUAAAGGAUUCCACUCAUUUUCCUCUAUUUUACCCCCUUAGACAUCUCUGAUGUCACACAAUAGACAGAGGACUAGGUAGGAUUCCAUUUCGGGCCUGUCAGUGUUGAUCCUAGUGCUGCUCUUGCAUUUUUUGACCAAGUGUGGGAAUAGUGGGAGUGCAAAUUUCAUUAAGUUCCCUUCCUCCAUUGCUCCCCUGCCCCAUCAAGUCUCCCACUAUGCUCAUCUUCAUACAAAAAUACCCUUGAUUUCCUUUACUGCUACAUUUGUUCAUAUUUGACUUGGCAGCUAAAAGUAUUACAAGGCCCUCCCUCAGUGCUGAGCACAUUGCCUCUACAGCGUUCCAUCCCCAAGGAGCAAGAUUUGGUGAUAAACAGCAGAGGAACAAAACCUGCAUAAAGCUUUAACUUGCUUGGUAUUCUGGAAGAGCCCCCAUGACUCAAAGAGUAAUAGAAAUUACUGAGAGCCUAAGGAACUACAUUUCCACCUCAGUUCAUGGGGUAUCACUCUUAACUCCAUGCAUUGCUUAGCUACAGAGCAUUUUUGUGGAGCAGAGAGUCCAGUCACAAGGUUCACAGGUUUGGCUAGAUAUGUGCUCCCCUUGUACUGGUGAAAUAGCAGGUUAUCACCCUCUGGGAGAACCACUGAAGCAUAGCCUUGGGCAGGCAGAGACUAAUAGCCUAAUAAUGGACUUACCUGGAUUUCCAAUUUACUGGUAAUUAAACUGUAAGAAUUCAGGGUGGCUUCACCUUCUGCUUACUUGGUUGAGUUCCUGGGAAAAUGCACAGAUACCCACAGUUCCAAGGCUAUUAGUAUGAACAUUUGGAGGGAGAAGUGCAUUUUUAAUUCUCACCAAUUGAUCCUGCUCCUGGCCAAACACUGCUAGCUACACAUUUUCUAUAGUCACGCAUUGUUGUGGUAACAGUGGCAUCCAGCUUUCUUUAAAAUGUAAUUUACUGUAGUUCUGUGGUUUGUCUUCAUUCUUCCCCUGCAUGUGUGGUGUCCGGGUUCCCUCUUUUUGGCUCUUACUCUCAUCAUCCUUUCUUUCCCUCGCUGGAAUACAGGGGAAUUAGGAAUGAGGUAGAAAAUGGGUGUAGAUCAGUCUUGUCUUCUCAUUCCCAUUUUCUAUUGUUUUCUAGCCUGCCUCUGCAACCUGUUUUUCUCAUGUGCACAAAACUCUACUUCGGUGCAUCAACUUUUUGAUGCCUCCUCCAGCACCUCUCUCUCUCUCUCCCCCGCGCCGCCCCCGACCCCAAUCUACCACACCAUGGCUACUGAUUAUGGAGAGGCUGAGGAAAGUGUGAGUAGCUCAG